AUGAUUUGUGAUCCAACCUGUACAACUUGUGAUGGCCCAAAUCCAAAUAAUUGCUUAUCUUGCGUAAUUGGAUUGUAUUAUAACUAAGCCACAAAAUCAUGUAUUUGUGAUCCAACCUGUAAAACUUGUGAUGGCCCAAAUCCAAAUAAUUGCUUAUCUUGCAGUACUGGACUGUAUUAUAACUAAGCCACAAAAUCAUGUAUUUGUGAUCCAACCUGUAAAACUUGUGAUGGCCCAAAUCCAAAUAAUUGCUUAUCUUGCAGUACUGGACUGUAUUAUAACUAAGCCACAAAAUAAUGUAUUUGUGAUCCAACCUGUAAAACUUGUGAUGGCCCAAAUCCAAAUAAUUGCUUAUCUUGCGUAAUUGGAUUGUAUUAUAACUAAGCCACAAAAUCAUGUAUUUGUGAUCCAACCUGUAAAACUUGUGAUGGCCCAAAUCCAAAUAAUUGCUUAUCUUGCAGUACUGGACUGUAUUAUAACUAAGCCACAAAAUAAUGUAUUUGUGAUCCAACCUGUAAAACUUGUGACGGCCCAAAUCCAAAUAAUUGCUUAUCUUGCGGUAUUGGAUUCUAUUAUAAUUAAGCCACAAAAUAAUGUAUGAUUUGUGAUCCAACCUGUAAAACUUGUGAUGGCCCAAAUCCAAAUAAUUGCUUAUCUUGCAGUACUGGACUGUAUUAUAACUAAGCCACAAAAUCAUGUAUUUGUGAUCCAACCUGUAAAACUUGUGAUGGUCCAAACUCAAAUAGCUGUUUAUCCUGCAAUCCUGGAUUGUAUUAUAAUUAAGCCACAAAAUCUUGUAUCUGCGAUUCAACCUGUAAAACAUGUGAUGGCCCAAAUUCAAAUAGUUGUUUAUCUUGUAUCUCUGGAUUAUACUAUUAGUAAACUGCAAAAUAAUGCGUAAAAUCCUGUAAUGAAAACUAAUUUUAAAAUUAGUUAUUAUAGCAAUGUUAAGCAUGUGAUAAUACUUGUGCAAGUUGUGAUGGAAAGGACUCAAAUAAUUGUUUAAGUUGUUACCCUAACAGCUUUCUCUACAACUAAAAUUGUGUUAGCCUUUGUCCAAAUGGGUUUUAAAGAAAUUUUACUACUCUUACAUGCGAUUCAUGCUAAAAUUAUUGGAGCCUAUAAUGUAAUCCCUGCUAUGCCAACUGUAAACAAUGUGAUUAGUCAUAAAUUUAAAAUGAAUAAUGCCAGACUUGCUAUAAUGAAACAAGAUAAAUAGAUGUUUCAAGUAAAAGAUGCAUUUGCAAAAACUAAAAUGAUAAAAGGAAUAUAUUUUAUUAAUGCAGCUAUGAAAAUAUUGCUGUUAUUGAUGCAAAAUUAAAUGCUACAUCUCCAUAGCUUAGUAUUGAUUUCGGAUCUCCAUUGAUGAAUAUCAUAUCAAAUACAUCUUAGUCUUUGUGCUCUUAGUUAUUUGACUAAGCAACAUUAGGUAUACUUGGGUUGGAUUCUUAAUGCUAAAUCAAUGGGAAUAGAAUUUUGGUUAAUUUAAGCGACUCAUCAACAAUCAUGGAAAAUAACUCAAUUAAUUUUUUGCCAAAUAAGCUGCAGUUUAUAGACUAUACAGACACUUUCAUUAACACAUUUUAUAGAAACAUUACUUUCUAAGAUUACCCUGGAAUUCCUUAACUUUAAUUUAGCUAUAAUCACAUAGAAAACAGCUGUAAUCCUAUAAAUAUAACUCUUUAUAAUAUUUAAAACGAUGCAGGAAGAAAAUUUAUGAGUCUAAAUUGGACUUUAAAUCAAAUUGUAGGCUCCAUAAGUAACGAGUAGUAAGAAAGUAUAAGAGAUAUAUUAUUAAAAGCAAGCUUAAACAAAAACACUAGUUUGAUUAUAGACCCUAAAUUCUUACCACCAAAUAUUAACAUAACAAUAUAAUUUAGUUAUUUACUUAAAGUUAACUAAACUGGUACUUAAGCGUUCACUGUUAUUUAUCAAAAAUAAAAAUUUAUAAGAGUCAACUAUUAGCAAUCUUUGUAUCCACCAAUUUAUAGAUCUAUGAGCUUAACUUUCUACUUUUAAUUUUACUUAGAGAUAUGUGAGUUAGGUCAAAUAACUUUUUUUAAUGAGCCUGUUGAUUUACAACUUGUUUCUAACCAGCUUUAAAAGUAAAACCUAAGUCAAUACAAUUAAUCAAGCUUUCAAUACGAUAUUCUCCCUUACUCCUUAGCAUCUAACUAAACUUUUAAUAUGAGUUUGAUUUUGAAUUUGAGUUCAGAUAGUAAGAUUACUGCCAUCUAAAAUAUCUCAGUUAAUAUUUAAAUUACAGAUUUGUAUUUGCAAAUUAUAGGAGGCUCAAGUCUUGUUUUAGGCUAUCAAAAUUAAAUGGUUUUAAAUACAGAUUCGAGGGAUUAUGAAAUUGAAGAUCCAAAUUCUGCUUCAAACAUUAACUUUAGUUGGAAGUGUAAUAGCCUAUCCUCUAACGACCAUAUCUGCUAUGAUUACUAGAAUAAUUAGAUUUAAUUGCAACAAGGAGUCAAUAGUAUUACUUUUCCUGCUAAAACGUUUUAGCCAUACACUGCAAUUCAGAUUACUGUUAUAGGAUAAAAAGAUUCUAGGUAAUCAAAUUUUACCACAACUUGUAUAUUUACAGAAUUAGAUAUUCCUCCACUAAAUAUUUUGUUAACAGCAACACACAUAAACCGCAAAAUUAAUUUGAAUGAUGAUCUUAAUUUUUAAAUAAAUUAUGGUGAGAAUGUUUCAUCUGAUUAUUUGUCUUAUGCAGGAGCUAUAUUAUAUGAUAAUAAUCCAGUUGCAGCAAUCAAAUUUGAUUAUUUCCAAAUUAGAUUCAGAAUUUGGAACUAUUUUUAAAAUAUAGAUCCCUCAAAGCCAAAAAUUUAAAUAAGAUUUUCUGUUUAUAAUCCAUUAUAUGUUAUGCCAAGCUUGUCGACAAUUAGCAUUUAAAUUAAUAUCCCGCCUCAGAAUUGUGUUUUAAGUAUAAAUCCCUUAUAAGGAAUAGCGCUUGAAACUAUCUUCUAGAUUUAGUUAUUGAAUUGUACAGAUGAAGAUCUUCCUCUAACUUACUAGUUCUUCUAUUACAAUAGUGCAGAUGAUGUCAGUCAAGAAUUAAUUUCUCCUUGGAAUAUUUUAAGAAGAUAGAUAUAAGAUUAGACUAUAAACAACUCAAUUUAAACAGUCCUACCUUAAGGAAAUCUAGUUUUUAUGGUACAGGUUAUGGAUUCUUAUCUAGGAGUUUAUAAUACCUCUUCUACAAUAUAGGUUCAAGCUUAGAAUAAAUCAUCUGAUGAAUAUUAUAAACUGGUAAAUCAACUCACUUCAUAAGCUUUAUAGAGCUCAAAUAUUUAAGUCACUAACUAACUAGUGAUUUUAAGCGUUAUAGCAGAAGAUAUUAGUAAAAAUAAUUAAAGUUCAUAACAAAUGAAUGAUUUAGAAACUAUACUGAUUUAAAAUAUAUAGCAAUUGUCUUUCUAAAUACCUAAAUUCUCCCUUUUAUCUACAUUUGCGAAUAAAGUAACUGCUUAGUUAUCAUAGCUUAUCUUUAGCUCAUCUUAAUAAAACAAUGUUACCUCAUAGAAAAAUAAAAUAUUUGAUUAACUGUAAACAAUUCUCCAAAAUACUAAUACAAGCAUAAAAAAUAGUAAUCUGAGUCAUUUACAACAAAAUAAUGACAUUUAAAUUUAAAAUAUGGUAGACUCUUUUAAAAUUUUAAACUCAAGCGUUAGUUUGUAAAGUAAUAACUCAUACGAAGAUUUUUAGUCAUACGAUAAAAUAUCAAAUUAGAUUGGAAAUCUGCUUAAUAAUAUUAGCUUACCAAACUAAGGACAAAUUAUUCUAAAUGGUGACUUGUCCACUCUUUUGUCAGAUAAAAUAACAUAGAAAAAUCUAUUCAAAUAUGUUGUAAGUACUGAAGAUUACAAUUUUGAAAAUUAAACAAGUAUAUUUAGUAUUUCAAGAAAUAAUUAUAAGUAAAAUAUUUAUGAAAAUACUUCAGAUUUUUAGGCAUACACAUAGCAAUUCAAAAAUAUUAGUUAAAACUUCACUUAUUCUAAGAAUGAAGUAAUAUCACCAUAGAUUUAUAAUUCAUCUUCUUAAACAAUUUUAAAUCAGUCGACUAUUUUUUACUAAUUUAAUAAUACAAAUUCUAGUAAGUUAUAUAAAAUGACAUGCCUUUAAUAAAAUGACCUUUCUUGGAGCUAAUAAAAUUGUGGUAUGACUAAAAUUACUUAAAAUCGCUACUUGUGCAGCUGUGCGUCUUAAAAACCAACAACCAUCAUUGAAGAUAUUGAUGAUAUGCUCUUAAAAAAUAAAAAUUUGUAGACAGCAUUUGGAGAAUAAGGGCUAUUAAAUAUAGCAAGCUUUGAGAACUUUUAUAUGUAUAUAAUAUUUUGGCUAUUGAUAAUAUUCACACUGAUUGAAAUUUUUUUAUUUAUCAUUGGAAGAUUCUUAGACAAAUAAGCAGUAUAAAAAAGAUACUCAAAAGUUCAUAAUCAAGAACUAAAUAAUUAAAUGUAAAAUGAAUAGUUAUAAGAGUUGAGAUAACAAUAAUAAUAAAUUGAUGAUAAUAACUAAAAUAUUUGUGAAGAUUCUUAAAUGAUAAAUGACGAUGUAUUCCAGCACUCUCCUUUUACUCAUUAAUUUAAGAGUAACUAAAAUAUCUAACCAGAAAUUUAGUAUAAUCAAUAGAUUUUAUCACCUCCUGAUUAAAAAAUAGAUAAUUAAUUGAAUAGAAGAAGAAAAAGAUAAAAAUUCCUCAAUUUAUAAACAUAACAAACCCAAAGAAACUUAAAAAUAUUUUAAAAACAAAAUAUUGAAAUGAAAGAAGAGAAGGCUGAAUCUAACUAAUUGCAAAUAAUUAAAUCAUAAUCAAGCUCUAAAAGUGUUGAAAAAAUCAAAACUCAAACAAGCUCAUAAACCUAAAUAAAAUAGGUUUAAGAUGAAGAAGAAAUCUAAAAAAUUAAUGUUUAUUUGUAACUUCCUAAAGUAAAAAAGGUAGCAAUUUUUCAUUAAUUUUUUAGUAUUUUUUACAUUUUUGAUGAUAUCCUUUAAAGACCAUUAAGAUUCACUCUGCUUUACUUAAAAACAAUACACACCUUAGUUAUUUCAAUAUUAUUCUAAGGUUAUAAUAUGCUAAUUUAGCAGGUAAUAAUAGCCAUAAUAAACAGCUCAUUGAUGAAGAUUGCUUUUUUAGGAAUUAUAUUUACAUUCAAAAAGGGUUCAAUAGGUAAAACUGUUUCUCUAGUUUUGCAAAUAGUUAUAAGUUUAGUUUACUACUAUGUCAUUUUGGCAGUAUCUAGUGGUAAAACUCCAAGUGAGUCGAAUUAAUUUAUAAUCCUAUUUAUAAUAUCUUUUCUAACAGAAAUGGUCUUCGUAGAGUUAAUAAAGUCAUUUUGUAUGAUUUUGCUGAUUCAAAAAUACAUUAAAUGCAGCAAUGAAUCCAAAAGUAUUUUUGGUAAACUGUAUAAUUUAUUUGAUUUAAAAUAAAUAAUACUUAAUAUUGAUGAUUGA